UUUUACACCCAACUCCCGGUCUUAUCCAGAAGAGGCAAGGUUGAGAAACAGCCGGAACCGCAGAAAAAAAAGCAGACGGGCCCUGAGAUUCUCUACACCAAGAUAAAAGCGAACACUUUUUUCAACUCCCUUGGAAUCUCAGCUAAAUCUACUGCUUUUUACCGUUGAGUUCCUUUGCCGCCAAAACUGGCAACCAUCCUCAGCCGUUUGAUCUAAUGCCUCUUCUUAAUUCUGUGGGGUCCCUUCAUGUUGUGACUUGUGAACCCCACGAAUACGUUUCCAAAGGGCUGGAAAAGAAACAGUCUUCUUCCUUCGCUCAUUUCAGUAUUGACUCUUGGCAUUCCCAACUCGUUCGUUUAUGGCCCCAAGUCUUCUCUAGUCUCUGAGUCCACUUCAAGCAAUUGGGAUUCUAUGAAGUUCAGUUUUUUUUUUUUUUUUUUUUUUUCUCUUUUUGUAAUUGAUCUCUCCCAAUCUUGCUCUGAAAACUUACUCUUUCUUGAAAAAUCAUUAUCUGGGUCUUCGUCAAUCUGAUUCUUCUCUUUGGUUUUGGUUUCCAUCAUCUGUGGGAUAUCUUUUUUUGAGUACUAUUACUUUCUCAUCUAGUUUUGGCUGUUGAACCUGCUGGUGUUCAUGUUUUUCUUGUUUCUUCGUCUUGUUUUUUGCUUUGGAUCUGUGGGUGUAUUUUGUUUCCUGAGAAUUAAGUGUACGAAGUAGGGAAGUUGGAGAUGCUGGGUGGAGGUAUGAAUUUGGUCACUACUAUUAUAGGUUUUGGCAUGAGUGGAACAUUUAUUGUAUUUGUCUGCACAAGAAUAAUCUGUGGGAGGCUCCGCAGGGCCGAACAACGUCCCAUGUUCGAGAUUGAAUCAAGGACUGAUCUUGAACAGCCGGAGCCUCCUCUGGUUAGUGGCCUUGAACCAGUUUUGGUUGCUGCGAUCCCCACCAUGAAGUUCGACAAUGAGGCUUUCAGUUCUAUGGAAGAUCCACAGUGCUCAAUAUGUUUGGCAGAGUAUCAAGAGAAAGAGGUCUUACGAAUAAUGCCAAAAUGCGGCCACACUUAUCAUCUCUCUUGCAUCGAUGUUUGGCUCAGAAAACAGUCUACUUGUCCAGUCUGUCGUCUACCAUUACAAGACUCUUUUGGAAGAAGACAUAUGAGGCCACCUUUGUUUGAUAUUCCUCGAUCUUUAGAUGAUCCUGCAAACUCAAUGGACAACUCCCAGCGGUGGCUGCUACCUGGCCUUGAGCGUUCGGUAGGAAAUGUAAGUACUGAAGAGCAUAAUGAAUCUGUUCUUGUGAACCAACCGGAGUCAACACUUUCUCGAGAAGCAGAAAGAAGAUAGGGAUGAAAGCUACUAAAUGUCCCGUGCUCUACAGAUGAAUACAUGCCUCUGCAUCUGGCAAGCCUUUUUUCUUUUUUAAUUGGAGAUUCUUUUAUUCCUAAAUGUACAGAAAUUUCCUGUCUCUCUUGCAUGGCUCAGACUUAGUUAUUCGGAAUUGUUGUGAAAAAAGGCCUAAAAAAUCUAUGGAUCAGAAUGAAGUCUAAUUGAUAUUUGACAUUCUCAUUCAGGUAUCGAUCACUGUAUUAAUUGAAAUUAUGAAAUUUCAGUA